AUGACAGAGUUUGAGACUGUGGCAUAUACUGAAGUGUGCACCUCAAGAAUUCAAAGAAAAUUGCCGCAAAAGUUGAAGGAACCGAGGAUCUUCACCAUACCUAUUCGAAUUGGUGAGGUAGAUGUGGGGCGAGAACUCUAUGAUUUGGGGGCUAGCAUAAACUUGAUGCCUCUAUCGGUUUUCAGUCAAUUGGGGUUAGGAGAUCUAUGGCCAACCAUAGUCAUGUUGCAGCUUGGUGAUAGAUCUAUUGUCCAUCCCGAGGGGGUGAUAAAAGAUGUGCUACUACAAAUUAGGCAAUUUAUUCUCCCAACAGAUUUUAUUAUACUGGACUAUGAAGCUGAUGAAAAAUUCCCAUCAUCUUGGGUCGACCUCUCUUAG